CAAAGCAUCAGCAUGGGUUCUGCCAAAUUCUUGAUUUUAUUCGCGGCCAUGUGCUAUUGGAUUCCGUCUCAAGUUCAGGCCGUAACCUGCAACGUGGCACCAUCAGAUCCAGAAUGUAUAGACUGUUUCCAGUAUCCUUCGCAUGUGGAAUGUAGGCUUACACCAACAACACCAAUUACAAUUACACCAACAACACCAAUGACACCAACAACACCAAUUACACCAACAACACCAAUUACACCUACUACACCAAUGACACCUACUACACCAAUGACACCAACAACACCAAUGACCCCUACUACACCAAUUACACCUACUACUCCAAUGACACCAACAACACCCAUGACACCAAUUACAAUGACACCAACAAGAUCUUUGACACCAACAACGCCAAUUCCACCGACAAGAUCUUUGACACCAACAACGCCAAUUCCACCAACAAGAUCUUUGACACCAACAACAGGCUAUCCAACUGAAGCUCCAAGAAAAUCCAGAAGGCGCCGUGUAAGGACUUACUUUGGCAAUCUUUUCAAGCAACUCAGAAGCAGUCUCAGAAGUCUUAAAAAUACUUUCAAUCCCUUUCAAUAA